AUGGCUGAGAAAUUCCCACCAAUCGAGAACCUCGACAUAAACGACGACCCAGAAGGCGACUUUCUUUCCAGAGAAAAAGCGGCGCUUGGCGACGAGUUCGCCACAGAAGAUGAUCAAAAGAUCUUGGAAGGUGACAAUGACGACGACGAAAUAUCACAGUUCCAAUCGCAGUUCCCCGAUGUCAAUGAACCUGCUGCUGCUGCUAGUGUUGAAUACGGUGCUGAUGAUACUUCCAAUAGCGACAUUUUUGUAGCCAAUGAAGCCAGUGAGGAAUCAGAACCAAUAAAGAAGUGGAGAGCCAAGCGUGAGUCGGAAAUCGAUGAAAAGGACAAGAUCAGCGCAGCCAGACACGAGGAAAUUGUCACCGAGGCCCGUGGAUUGAUCGAUCAAUUUUAUGAAGACUACAAUUCCAAGAAAGAAGUGAAGAUCAACCAGGUCAAAGACGAAGAAGCAGCGUUCAUUUCCAAAAGAGACGAUUUUUUCAAGAACGAUUUGAGCAUUUGGGAUAGAAGUAUCAAAUUGAUUGACCUUAAGAAAACAUCGGGGUCGACUGACAAUGGCAGAGAUAAGACCAAGUUUAAGGAAUUGUUGUUGUCGUUGAAAGGGAAAGCCGAUGCCCCAGGUGCUGCUGGGUAUUGA